AUGGUUUUCCAGCCAAUUCACGAAGAUGAACAAAAAUUUGUCGAUUUCGCAACGAUUUUGGUGCAAAAAGCAGGAACAGUUAGUUUGUUUUUUUUAAUUCGAAAUUAUAAAACAUAAUUGUAAUGUUUGCAGCUUGUAAGAAAUGCUUUCGAACAAACUGAGAGCAAAGUAGAUACAAAAUUAUCUGAUACUGAUUUGGUCACCGAAACUGAUCAAGCUGUUGAAAAAUUAUUAAUUGAUGGAUUAUCGAAAGAAUUUCCGGAUCAUCGAUUUAUUGGAGAAGAAUCAGUUGCUGGAGGAGCGAAAAUUGAAUGGACUGAUGCACCAACUUGGAUUAUUGAUCCAAUUGAUGGAACUACUAAUUUUGUACACAGGUUUGUAUCUGGAAAAUGGAAUUGAAAUUUAGAAUUAACCAACAAUGUUUUUUAUUCAGAAUUCCAAUGAUUGCGAUUUGUGUUGGUUUAGCAAUCAAAAAACAACUUCGUGCUGGAAUUGUUUACAAUCCAAUAACUCGCGAAUUAUAUUCGGCGCAAGUUGGAAAUGGAGCAUUCAAAAAUGGUUUCCCAAUCAAAGCAUCGAAAAAUGAAUGUAAGUUUUUGUUUUCUCGUUCUAUAUUCAUCGCACAUUUCCCCAAAUUUUGAAGCACUUAAAAAGGCAAUUUUAUGCCAAUCUCUUGGAUUACACAAUCGUGUUUAUUUCGGUGAUGCAUGGUUGGAUGUUGCACAAUCAAAUAUGAGAAAUGAAGCAUUAGCCGGUGUGCGUGGGUAUGUUAAAAGUAACUAACAAAAUUGGGAAAAAUUGGAGAAAACAUCGAAAUUGCAAUAUGUUCCACAAAGUUUAUAGUUGUCAUGGUUACAAAUUUGACCCUUUCAAUGAGUUUCGGCACACUUUACGCACACUGGUUUUUGCUUUUAUUUUUUAAAUUUUUCAAAAAAAUUUUCAAAAAUGUAUUUGCAGCUGUUGCGAAAAGUGUGUUGAUUCUUCAAUUGGGUUCGAUUCGUGAUCCUGUUAUGCAAAACUCAUUCCUUGAAUCAUAUAAAUCUGUUAUGUUUGACAAAAAUUGUCAUGGGUUAGUUUGAAUCAAAGAUAUUUAUGCUCUUAGGGUUUGAGAAAUAUGUAUAGGUCCUGUUAAAAAAUUAAAUUUUAAAAAUAUUUUCUGAAAAAUCGGAGUAUUGAAAUUAUGAAGGCACAUUUUUAAAGGUUUUCAAUUAUAUUUUUAGACAUCGUUCAUUUGGAUCUGCAGCAAUUAAUAUGGUUAUGGUAGCACAAGGAAGUUGUGAUGGAUAUGUUGAAUAUGGUAUUCAUGCUUGGGAUGUUGCUGCUCCUGCAGUUAUUGUUCUUGAGGCCGGUGGUUGUGUUAUUGAUCCAACUGGUGCUCCAUUCAAUGUUAUGUCUCGAAAAGUUCUUGCUGCAAGUACUCCAGUUUUGGCAAAAGAUCUUUCUUCUAUUUUGACACAUGUCACAUUUGAACCAGAAGCUAUUUAA